AUUCUCACAGUUUCUUUUUUGAAACAGUUUGGUACGAUGACAUUACUGCAAAUAUUGUUGAAUCCGUUCAGAGGACAACAUGAAAUUAUUUCUAGUAAUCAUUUUAUCAGACGAAGGGCCUGCUCAGCUAGAACCGAUAUGAUGUCUCAUUGCGUUGCGUACGCAGUACAUUUUUAGAUUUGCUCAGCCAUGGUUUAUCUUUUAAUAUCAACCUGUAUUAUAAUUAUCUGUUGUGAUUUUUGAAAAUGAUUGUAAACGCACGUAUAUCGUAAAUGUGUUAUAAUGAAUGACAUGUGAUGUAAACAGCCGUGUUGUUUUUAGUCGUCAUGUCUUACAGAAUGAUGGACAACAGUCACUCACAGCCCAGAGAUUUCAACAACCUCACUCAGACAUGCAGCUCAAACAUCCAGAAAAUCACACAAAACACUGGUCAAAUCAAGAGCAUGCUUUUCCAGCUUGGUACCAGACCAGACACACCAGAACUUCAGGACAGACUCCAGCAAAUGCAGCACUACACAAACCAGUUAGCAAAAGAGACCAACAGACAUCUGAAAGACCUGGGCUCUCUACCACAGCCGCAGUCUCCUUCGGAACACCGGCAGCAGAGGAUUCAGAAAGACCGUCUGAUGAACGACUUCUCGGCAGCCCUCAACAACUUCCAAGUGGUCCAGCGGCGAGCUGCGGAGAGAGAGCGCGAAUCGGUGGCGCGGGCCCGAGCGGGCUCCAGGCUCCACGUCGACGAGCUGAAUCAAGACGAACAGCUCGUCACGUUCGAAAAAAACGAAGGGUGGAGGAUGCAGACAGAAGAGGAGCCUUUCACCGAAGAGGACCUUGAGCUUAUUAAAGAGAGAGAGACCAAUAUCCGUCAGCUGGAGUCAGACAUUAUGGAUGUCAAUCAGAUCUUCAAGGACCUUGCGGUCAUGAUCCACGACCAGGGAGACAUGAUAGAUAGCAUUGAAGCCAACGUGGAGAGUGCAGAGGUGCAUGUGGAGCGAGGAGCUGAACAACUCCAUCAGGCUGCUUAUUAUCAGAGAAAAUCCCGCAAAAGGAUGUGCAUUCUGGCUCUUGUCCUGUCGCUAGUGGCGACCAUCUUUGCUAUAAUCAUUUGGCAAGCAAUCAGAUAAGAUGAGAGCAGAGUCGGACAGAAGUGCUGGAUCCUACUUCAGAGUUGAGCGAAUGACGUGUGUGUGUUUAUCGUGUGUGCACGUGCAAGAACAUAUUUGUAAAAAAAAAGACUUCUGUAGGAAUGGCUGGUAAUAUUGUGAUGCGAACCUAGCUUCCCUUAAACGUUUCGACCCAUGUGCUCUUCUUAACCGAUCACAUCACCUCGGAUCCCAGCUCGAACAUGGCUCACGAGACCGCCAUUAUGACAUUUUUAUUUCAAAAUUUGUGUUUUGAUAUAUUUACAGUAAGAAACUAAGGAUUUUUGGCAUCCUUUUGACCCAUACAGUGCAUUUUUGGCUAUUACUACAGAUACACCCAUGCUACUUAUGACUGGUUUUGUGCUCCAUGGUCACAUUUAUUAAUAUUACUUUUGAAAAAUAAAUAUGUAUUGCACUUAUAAUUGUAUUUCUGGUAUGCUAAACUGCUUUACUCAAAGUAAGUUAAAUAAAAACAACAAAUUUUCUAUUUAAUCCAACUAAAGAUACGCUGACGUAUAUUUAAUUGUGCCGAAGUGGAACUAGUGCAGUUGCAAGCAUCCUAUAUUUCAUGUACAUUUUAAAUAUCUUGCAUUUAAAGAUCGAUAUUAUUUAAGGAUUACUUAGAAGUCUUCAUCAAUAAUGUCAUCAAAAAACAUUUUAACGUCAAUAUUAAGAAAAGUACCCCAAAUAAUAGCUGUACUUCAUAAAGAUAUGUCAGUAUAUGACAUGUUAAUAUACUGAAACUACGAAAUAAAUGUAUUUUAAAUAUAUUAUGGAUCAGAUCCCAAUAUUAAGAGCCAUUCAUGCAGAAAUACAGAUCAGUGUUUUCACUACAUUUGCACAUAUGUGUUAAAUAAACAAUACUAGUAAGAUAACAGUUUCCUCUAUAAAAAUGUUUGUCUAUGAAUUAUUAUCUGGAGCAUAUACAGCGCAGCAUUAAUCAUGAUAAGGUUCACGUUUGUAACCACUUGCAUGAAUGUAAUUCCUUUUUAAAAUCAGUUUCGUUGCUUCAGGUCUUGAUUCAUUUUUUCAACAGAAAUUAUGCAAAAUAAUACUUUAUUCUUAAAAAAAUAUUUAUUUCUCAAAUGAUUUCAAAUAUGUUAAUGUUGUGUAUGUUUCUAUGCACAGUGCUUUGAUUCUCACAAGUAUGUGUAUUUCUUAGUAGUACGUACAUAUGAAAUAUGUUUUAAUAAAUUGCUCUUCAAUGCUUAUCUUCAA